AUGUCAGAUCGAGUCCCCAAAUAUAACCGCAUCGACUCGUUCCAGAUCGAUGCUGCGCGCCAGAUGCACCAGCUCACGACUAGCAGCAGAGUGCCAAUGCGUCCUCCGGUACUCAGGACGCCCGAACAGAAGCCCAAACUGCCAGUCUCGACAGAUUCUCCCAGUUGCGCCUCUUGCGGUACCGUUAUAACUCCGGGCCCUGUGGCCACGUUGCCCAUCAAGGACACCCCGAGCAUCAAGGUGGGGGAGUUCAAGAUAUAUACUGCUCGCCACCCGAUCCUCAAUGCCACCGAGAUCGACGAGUUUGAGUCAAUUCUCAACUUGCCUGUUCCUGAAAUGAUCUUUGGAAAUAACCGAGUUCGCAUCAGCCACCCGAGGCUCGAGAUCGAUUUUUGCGCGCUGGAUGCCCUCAAGCUUGUGGAGUCAAACCCGUCAAACCUCAUACAGGUCAGCUACGCCUCAGAAUGGGUGAAAAGCCGCCAACAUAAACACCACAACAAUUCGGAUGUCGUGCUCGAAAUGUACAAACCAUUCGACUGGACCUACACAACCACAUACAAGGGCACCGUAACGGGGACGGCACUUACACGUGACGACGAAAUGAAGAUUCCUUUGGAAAAACUACAGCGACAGGACCCGAUUUUGUUUUUCGAUGAGAUGGUGCUUUACGAAGACGAGCUGGGCGAUAACGGCAUUUCAGUGCUGAGCAUCAAGAUCAGAGUCAUGCAUUCGUGUUUGCUCCUAUUGCAGCGAUUAUUUGUGCGCGUCGACAACGUUCUAUUGAGGAUAUGCGACACGCGAGUCUACAUUGAUUUUGAGGACGAUUUGGUUAUCCGGGAGUUCAAACAGCAGGAGAUCGAGUACGACAAGUUAUUCCGUCUAUGUACCGGCAAUGACCCGCGCAAGAUGAUGCGUGACAUCAACUGGUGCUCGCAAAGACUGCCCGUGAUCAAGGUCGAGCGCGAGUUUGCCAAACUGAGUAUAUAA